AUGCGAAAGCGCUCUAGAAAUUUUGAUGGCUGCUGGACAUGUCGUUUGAGGAAAAUAAAAUGUGACGCUACGAAGCCCAUCUGUUUGCGGUGCCAAAAGGCCAAGCUUGAAUGUAAAGGCUACGGUAUCGUUCUUGCGUGGGCGGAUAGUAUUACCGUUGGAGAAAACAAUGAACUCGUUACGAUCCCCAUGUCCAGAACAAAUACGGAGGAAAAGAAGGAAAGCGGCUGGCUGAGACGUAAUGUUGAGCUUGUCAAGUUCCCAAAAAGCAUGCAGUUUGAGAGCUAUGCAAAAUUGAACCACGUCGUGGUGCAGCUAGAUGAUGUUUCCAAAAACUUGAAAUCAGAAGCCUACUUCUCUGGUCCAUUUGGCGUUUAUCGUACAAGAAAAAUAUUCAAAAAGAACGUUCCUGUAUUGGAAUCUAUGUCGAUGGCAUCCUCAGACAGUCGAAAUCUGAUGGAAGAUGGAAUGGUCGAUUCAUCAAUACGCAAACGAGAGAAGGAUUCCAGCUUUACUGAGCGGUUUGGUUCCAUUUUUUCUAAUACGGAUAAUGAAUUUGUGCAUUAUGAGCUUCUUGAUGCAGCAAAGCUCACAAUUGUGGCAAUCAAAGGAAGCGCAUACAAAUUCAGCGAACAAAGCAUGUUCCACAUUCUUUAUCCGAAGUUUUUUGCCAAUGUUGAUUCAGAUGACUGGCUGCCAAAUAUUCAAAUUUUUCAAAACUUCUUCACACGCAAGAACAAACAGAUAAUCAUUUUUUCCAAGCUUGGUGAAACCGUGCUGUUCUUGUCCUCUGAGCAUUUCAAUUUUAUUCACAUUAAAACUGUUAACUCUGGCUGGGAUGUUCUAGUUGUUCCCUUAUUGAAACAAAAUAUUUUUGAGUUGGUUUGUGAAGAGUACUCAAGUUUGGGUAAUUGGGAUACAUAUCUCAUUGACCGAUCAGAGACGGAUGUCCCUAGAGAAAAGCUUUUAAAAAACUUGCGGUUUGGUGUACUUUGCAUGAGCUUAGCAUCUUGUACUUUCCAUAAAUUCUUAAACUCAAACAAAAAAUCUCCAAGGAAUGCAGAUGAUGAAUUUCAUGUGGAUGAAGACUUAAAGUUAAGCAUAGAACUUCGAAAGUUUGGUUGUACUGUAUUAGAUUAUCAUCUUGAUGAGUACGAUAAUAACUCACUGUAUCCACAAAAUGAUUUUUAUAACGUCUAUCUUCUUCUCGCAUUAAUUCUUCAGAUUCACUUAGAUAAUUCGUUUGGUGUUUUCGAAAACUACGAGCUAAACUUUGCAAUUGGUGAUUUUAUAUUGAAGGAAAAGAGCAGAUGGAAACCUCCUAGUCGCAUGUCCCACACUGAAAGGUACCUUCGACAUUUUUUAAACAUUCUCAACAUCUUUUAUGAAUCCACACAGGCUAUUAAUUUUUUCAACUAUUCUAUUCUGGAAGCAGAUCGCAUGGUCAAAUAUCUGGAUUUGAACGAAAACUAUGAUCUUUCAAAAAGGACUGCUUCUUAUGCAGAUGAAUUCGACUCGAGUGAGAGUGAAGAACAUGAAUUGGAUGACCGAAAUUCUUCCCAUGUUAUUAGGGUGGAUUCGUUAGAGAGCGAAUCACAUCAGCCAUCUUUCACAAUUCACUUCAACAAAAGAAAUCAACAAGAUCUGCUUACGAGUGCUGAAAGCAAAGCCAUUCGUGAUCAAGACUACCAAAUCCCGAAGCAUUCUCUAUUGGAAUCAUCGUCUAGUACGCAUCCCAUCACUCCUAACAUUGAGGACAGUUCGGUUUACCUUACAUUUGGUUUACCCAAAUCCUUGAUCGAGCUCUUUCAUGAAGUGAUCCAGCUAACAAAUCACAAGAACGUGUUCAGAACGAAAGGAGUAACACCUCGUAACUUCCCACGAAUUUGUGCAGAGACUGAAGACCGACUUAUCAACUGGAAUGUAGAGAAUUAUUGGAAACUUUAUGACAACGAAUACAAUCCGAUCUCCAAUGUUGCGACCAAGACUUUCAUUUCGAAGUUCCAUGAAGGCUUAUUUUACAAUGUGACUAGUUUUCAUAGCGCAUUGUUGGUAUAUUACAAAAGGUUAAUACCUGGCUCACCCAUUGAAAGCUACCAAGAAAAUAUUGAAGCGUGUUUUGAUGCAUUAGAAAAGUUGAUAGCCAUGAGUGCUAAUUCUGUACAAGAUAUCAGCCUUACAUCCUUUUCUCCUUCGUUUUGGCCGUUGUUAGUAUGUGGUUGCGACAUUGAUCUAACAACUAACAAAUUUUUGAAGCAGAAAUGCCAAGAUUUAUGGAAAGCAAAGUGUUUCACUAGGUACAACUAUUGGAGAUCGAAGCAAAUCUUAUUUGAAGUGUGGAAAAGAAGGGAAGAAGAUAAAGAGAAUAACGGUUUCAUGGAUAUGAUUAGGGAAUGGGGCAUCGUUUUAUGCUUAGGUUGA